AGCCUGCCGCUAGAUGAGGGGGACUGCCAGAGCUACACGCUGCGGUGGUACUACAACCAAAGAGUCACCGAGUGCCGGCCCUUCGUCUACAGUGGCUGCCGGGGCAACCUCAACCGCUUCGACAGCAAGGAGGAGUGCGAGCUGCGCUGCGGGCAGCACCCAGGGGCAG